AUGAUGGACAGCCGCAUCCUGGAGCAUCCUCAUGCCCAGUUCGGGGGGAUGGUGGGUUUCCCUUACCCGCUCGGGCACCACCACGUCUACGAGCUGGCCGGGCACCAGCUGCAGUCGGCGGCCGCCUCCGUGCCCUUCUCCAUCGAUGGAUUACUGAGCGGCUCCUGCGCCGCCUCUGUGGUCAACCCGGCGCCGCUCAUCCCCUCCGGCUGCGGGGUGAGCGGGGACAGCCAGCCCUUCAAGCUCGCAGAUUCGGGUGACCCGGACAAGGAAAGCCCUGGCUGUAAAAGAAGACGAACCCGCACCAAUUUUACCGGCUGGCAGCUCGAGGAGCUGGAAAAGGCGUUUAAUGAAAGUCAUUACCCGGACGUGUUUAUGCGAGAGGCUCUGGCUCUCAGGCUAGACUUGGUGGAGUCCAGAGUGCAGGUCUGGUUCCAAAACCGCCGGGCCAAAUGGAGAAAGAAAGAGAACACGAAGAAGGGCCCGGGGCGGCCGGCUCACAACUCCCACCCCACGACGUGCAGCGGGGAGCCCAUGGACCCCGAGGAGAUCGCCCGGAAGGAGCUGGAGAAGAUGGAGAAGAAGAAGAGAAAGCACGAGAAGAAGCUGCUCAAAAGCCAAAGCCGCCACCCGCACUCUCCCAGCGCCCUCUCCCUCCACAGCACGCCCAGCUCCGACAGCGACAGCGGCGGCGGGGGGGGCCUCUCGCCCGCCCCGCCUGAGGCCAAGCCCCGCGGGCAGCCCCCGCCGCCCCAUCCGCCGCUCCCCGCCACCGCCGCCCCCUCCGAGCCGCCCCCCGGCACCUGCGAGCAGACGGCCGAGCCCUUCUACCCCAGCCAAAGAAGCGGGAGCGGGCGGCUCCAGCGCCCGCCCGACAAGGACUGCGCGGCCGCCCCGUCGGGGGACGGCAGCGGGGGAGCGGGGGGACCCCGCGGCGCCGGCAGCUUCCACAAGCUCAACCCGUUCAGCGUGGAGAGCCUCCUCUCCGACUCGCCCCCGCGCCGCAAGGCCGCCCCGGACUUCCCCAGCCUGCCCCCCUGCGCCCCCCGCACUCUCAUCGGCAAAGGACACUUCUUGCUCUACCCCAUCACGCAGCCCCUGGGCUUCCUCGUCCCGCAGACCGCCCUCAAAGCCAGCCCGGGCCCCGAGGCCGGCCAGCCCCCCCGGGACUCCCCGCUGCCCGCCGCCAACCCCGGCCCCCCCGGUUGUGGAGCGGAGCCGGCGCCCGCGGGUGCUCAGCCCGGCCCCGGCUCCACGGACACGGCGGCGACCGCGGCGGGCUCGGUACCCCCCGCGCCGGCCGGAGCCUCGCCCCGCUCCGCGGCCUCGCACGGUGACCCGGCGGCGGCCGCUCCCGCGGAGGGCGGCAGCUUCCCCAGGCCCGAGUCGCCGGUCCGGGCGCGGGACGCCAGCACAACCAGGGACAGAUCGGACUGCGGCCCCGCCGACGGCGAGGAGGUGGAUAUGGACUGACCGGCCGGCCAAAACGACAAAAAAAAAAAAAAAAAAUCGAAACAAAAGUAAAAUAGAACAAAAAGAAAAAAAAAAGAAAGAAAAACAAAAAAGAGCUAAACUAAAGCAGCCGCGAACGUCACCGGCACCCCCCGCACCCGGCACCCGUGAGAAACGGGGGGAAGCGCUUCCCCGCUCACCCCACGCACGCCGCGCCCGCAGCUCGCGGGAGGCGGCGGCACAGCCGAGAGAGCGGCUCUUCGACUCCCUAGAGUUUAUCACAGG